AGCAGAGAACACACAUGAGGCCCAGGAAGCAAAUAAGUGAGGUAGCAGGUCUGAAAUGAAGGUAGAGAGUGGAGUGAGCAGUUCUAAGUCAAUACACAAGUCAUGGUAAACCCAUGGGCAUUCACACACAAACUUUCAUAUAGCCUUCCCAGUGUGUAGAUUCUUUUCGUGGUGAAGAUUGUGGAUCAAGGAAGUUCCCUGCAGCUUUGGGAGGGAGAGAGUGUGGUGGCAGAGGUGGAGUUGGAGACUGAGUUGUAACGAAGUAGUCAGUAAUGGAUAUACCUACUUCACUAUUUUAUCUUGGGCUAGACCAACCAGUGAAGCCAUGGGUCAUGAGCAAAACAAAAUAGGUUCGCUUGUUGAAGAGGAAGAGGCAGACACUCCAGAUGGUGAGAAAAGCAUCCAGGACAGCAAGAAUAACUUGAUCGUUGAUUUGUUAUAAUGCCAUCCAUAAACAGAUCGAAUAAAAUAAUUAAAAAACCUGGAGUAAGCAAACAACGUCUCCUAGAGCAGAUAAAUGAAAAACGUGAAACCAACUGUUUAGUGGAAAGAAGCAAUCAAGUCAGCUUCCUGAGAGUUCAAAAGAGGCAUUUCAACAGUGCCAAUCAGUCAUGUGCUUUCACCCAUUUUAAAAAAGAGAUUCCUGAGAGCGGGAGGAGCUCCUGGGUCAAACCAAGUGUCUUUGCUCAUCCAGAGAAAAGACACUUUCAACCAAAAAAUAAUGCCAUAUUUGGAUAAAGUGCAUCUCUAGAGACAUACAAAUACAUUCUCUUUGAUCUUUCUUCAAUGUCUGCCCGAAUUAUUUAGAAAUUAAUUAUAAAAGAAGCUAAAUAGAAUUAUUAGCUAGAUCGCCCAAAAUUUUUGAGCCACAUGAAAUAUGCUACAUCUUCACUCAUUCCAUUCCAUUAUUUAGAUUUAGAUGUUUUGAACAGAGAAUCUGAGUUAUUAAAGAUACUUUCAAAGAUGAAUGACCUGAAGUUUAUAGCAAUUUCCCCUUUACUAAUCUAAAAUAUUUAAAUAUUAGUCUACAUUUGUUUCUAUAAAUCAGAGGAAUAUGUUGACCAACAACAUAGGUAAAGUUGAAGGCUAAAGUUGCUCAAGGUUAACACUUGUUUGUACUUGCUAAUUACCUUAACUUACUCUGUCAGUUCUACAAUUUCAGUGAU